CUUUCAUAAUAUUUUCAAAAUUUUAAUUUUUAUAAUUUUUUAUUAUGCAUAAUUUAAUGCUGCCUAAAAAAUUAAAAUAUAGCAAUUUUUAUAAAAAGUAGCAGCCUAAUCAGAAAUCCUAGUCAGCUGUUCUAAUAAAAACAAAUCUAUUUUUCCAAUUGCUAAACUCGCCGCCGUGUAUCUCAAUAAUUCAACCCAUUUUCCACAUCACAUGUGAUAUAUAUAUGCAUCACAUAUAACAACAACCGUAGCUCUCAUCUUCGUCCUCAUCUUCCAGCAAAUACUUACACUUUUUUAUUAUUUUAUUUUAUUAUUACAUGAUAGGUCGAGAAAGAGACUAGUAAGAAUUGAAAAAUUGAACACAUGCUUGUUUUACUCGGAAAAGUGCUAUUUAUUUACUAACUAAUAAGAUAAGAAGCGAUUUUACAUUUACACUUUUUUAUUAUUUAAUUUUAUUAUUAUAGGAUAAACAGAGGAAUGGACUAGUGAGAAUUAAACAACUGAACACAUACCAAUUUUACUAGGAAAAGUGUAAUUUGUUCACUAACUAAGACAAGAUGAGAUUCUCUUUUUACACAUUUAUUAUUCACUUCUAGAAUUUUCCAUGUCUUAGGUUAUAUAUAUGUGGAUUAGAGGUUCAUUCCACUUUGCAAAAUAAAGAGAGCCCUUAGAAAAAAAAUAAAACAAAAAUAAAAAUGGGAGCUUUGGAGGAUAACUUGCCUACAAUGGCAAUGAUAAGUAUGCAAGUAUUGUAUGCAGCUAUGGCUCUCCUAAAUAGGGCUGCUCUUGUUAAAGGCAUGAGUCCUAGGGUUUUCAUUUUCUAUAGACAAACUAUUGCUACCCUGGUCAUUUCACCUGUUGCUUAUUUCACAAGGAAACGAUCUAAUACACCAAGCAUGGGAUUUAAGUGCUUUCUUUUGAUAUUCAUCACAGCUUUCAUUGGGGUAACUCUUAAUCAAACCAUGUAUUUUGAAGGAUUGUAUUUGGCAUCCUCAUCUAUUGCAAGUGCAACGUCCAACCUAAUCCCUGCUGUCACCUUCAUGACAGCUGCUAUUAUGGGGUUGGAGCAAAUAAACAUAAAGACGCUUAGCAGUGCAGCAAAGAUAAUAGGGACAACAUUUUGUGUGGGAGGUGCAAUUUGCAUGGCGUUGUUGAGAGGUCCUAAGCUUUUUAUUAGUAGUCUCCAGCUACCCCAAUCCAACUCUCAAUUGCUGCAGUUUUUAGGUGUUGACAACACCUGGUUGCUUGGUUGCUUAUGUCUCUUUGCAAGUAGCUGUUGUUGGUCUUUGUGGCUUAUUUUACAGGUUCCAGCUACAGCACGUUACCCUGACCACCUAUCUCUUUCAGCUUGGAUGUGUUUCCUAUCAAUGUUGCAAAGUGGUACAAUUGCUCUAUUCAUGGAGCCAGAUCCUGCUUCUUGGAAUUUGACUUCCAGUCUUGAACUCACUUGUUGCUUUUUCUCGGGAGUUUUGGGAUCAGGGGUUCAAUUCUUUGUUCAAUCUUGGUGUAUCUCACGAAGAGGUCCAUUCUACGCUGCUAUGUUUACUCCUUUAGCCACCGUCUUAACCACUGUUUUUGCUUGUAUAUUCCUUCACGAACAACUUUAUGUUGGCAGUUUACUGGGUGCUACAGCAGUGAUCAUAGGCUUAUAUGUUGUACUAUGGGGUAAAUCUCAAGAAUUGAAGAGCAAAUUGGAUCCUAUUUCGGCAACUUAUCCUGUAAAAAUGCCUCAUGAAGAGAUAAAUGAUCAAAUUGAUUUGGAACAACCAUUAUUAACAAAUAAUAGUAAUAAUGCUUCUAAUAAUUAAGCACCAUUAAUUUUAGCUUAUAGAGAAUUGCAUGGUGUCUAAUCAAUUUUGUGAUCAAUUUAUGUAAAAUAUUAUUAUAGUGAUAUAUGAAGUAUUUAUUAGAUGUG